AUGGAAAACUUCAUCCUGUAUGAGGAGAUUGGCAGAGGAAGCAAGACCGUUGUGUAUAAGGGACGUCGGAAGGGGACAAUCAAUUUCGUGGCCAUUCUUUGUACUGAAAAGUGCAAACGGCCUGAGAUAACCAACUGGGUCCGUCUCACCCACGAAAUCAAACACAAGAACAUUGUGACUUUUCAUGAAUGGUACGAGACCAGCAAUCAUCUCUGGAUGGUGGUGGAGCUGUGCACAGGUGGUUCUUUAGAAACUGUGAUUGCUCAGGACGAGAACCUCCCAGAAGAUGUCGUGAGAGAGUUUGGGGUGGACCUGGUCAUGGGGCUGCACCAUCUCCACAGGCUUGGCAUCCUCUUUUGUGACCUUACUCCUGGGAAGAUACUCUUGGAAGGGCCUGGGACACUGAAGUUCAGCAAUUUCUGCCUGGCAAAGGUGGAGGGAGAGAGUCUGGAGGAGUUCUUUGCCUUGGUGGCGGCAGAAGAAGGAGGUGGUGACAGUGUGGAAAACACACUGAGGAAAAGCACGAGAAACCGAGUCAGAGGCUCUCCAAUAUACGCGGCACCAGAAAUCAUAAAGGGAACCGACUUUUCCGUCACCAGUGACCUCUGGUCUUUGGGCUGUCUGCUUUAUGAAAUGUUCUCAGGCAAACCCCCGUUCUUCUCAGAAACCAUGUCAGAAUUAAUUGAGAAGAUUCUGUAUGAAGACCCGUUGCCGCCGGUCCCAAAGGACUCGUCCUUCCCCAAAGCAUCUUCAGAGUUCGUUGAUCUGCUGAGUGGACUCCUGCAGAAGGAUCCACAGAAAAGGUUGUCGUGGGAGGGAGUCCUGCAGCACGCCUUCUGGAAGGAUGCCCUGCAGAGAGAGGACGCCGACUUGGCCUCUGAGGACCGCAGCUUCAGUAGAAAUGUCACGGAAUGUUCUGGGCCACAUGAUUCCAGGGAGCUUUCUCAGAGCCCUCAGAACGGACAGGCGAAAGGGCAGGAGGGAGCUCAUCGGCUCAGCCAGUCUUUCCAGCUAGACAACGCGACUGAGCUGAGGCCCAAGAGUACCACAGGGGGCCAGCUGAAUGAAUCCAUAUUCCUCCUCAGCUCACGGCCCACUCCAAGGACUAGUGCCAUGGUGGAGUUAAGUCCCGGAGAGGGUGAGGAUGCCAGCUCGCCACAGACCUCUCCUUUGUCCAAGGUGACCCGUGGGCAUCUGAGCCAGGGAGCCCUGGAGUUCCAGAUGAGGGAGCUGAUUUACACGGACUCGGAUCUUGUGACCACUCCAAUUAUCGACAACCCCAAGAUAAUGAAACAACCUGCAAUCAAGUUUGAUCCAAAAAUCUUGCACCUACCGGCUUAUUCUGUGGAUAAGUUGCUGGUCUUGAAGGACCAGGACUGGAACGCCUUCCUGCAGCAGGUGUGCUCCCAGAUCGACUGCAGCGAGAAGAGCGCAGGGGCGGCGCGAGCCAAGCUGAGCCUCCUGUGCUAUCUUUGCGUGGUGGCUGCUCACAGGGAGGUGGCCACCAGGCUGCUCCACUCCCCACUGUUCCAGUUGUUAAUCCAGCAUUUGCGAAUAGCUCCAAACUGGGAUAUACGGUCCAAGGUUGCUCGCGUGAUUGGCUUGCUGGCCUUACACACCACAGAACUUCAGGAAAAUGUGCCGGUUAUCGAGGCGAUCACACUCUUAACAGAAUUAAUCCGGGAGAAUUUCAGGAGCAGCAAGCUGAAGCAGUGCCUCCUGCCCACGCUCGGGCAGCUCAUCUACCUCGUUGCCACCCAGGAAGAAAAGAACCAGCACCCCAGGGACUGCUGGACUGUGCCCUUGGCUGCGCACACUGUGCUGAUGAGGUGCCUGCGGGAAGGGGAAGAGCGUGUUGUCAAUCACAUGGCGGCCAAGAUUAUCGAGAAUGUUUGCACAACAUUUUCUGCCCAGGCGCAAGGCUUCAUCACUGGGGAAGUCGGGCCUGUCCUGUGGCACUUGUUCAGACACUCCACCGUGGACUCUCUGAGGAUAACGGCCAUAUCGGCCCUGUGCAGAAUCACACGCCAGUCUCCCACAGCCUUCCAGAACGUCAUUGAGAAGGUGGGGCUCAAUGCUGUCAUCGGCGCCCUGGCCUCUGCCAUCUGCAAAGUGCAGCAGUACAUGCUGACGCUGUUCGCGGCCAUGCUGUCCUGUGGGAUUCACCUGCAGCGGUUGAUCCAAGAAAAGGACUUCGUGUCUACGAUAAUCCGUUUGCUGGACAGUCCGUCCACUGCCAUCCGAGCCAAAGCCGUCCUGGUGCUGCUUUACAUCCUGAUCUACAACCGGGACAUGCUGCUGCUGAGCUGCCAAGCGAGGCUGGUGAUGUACAUCGAGAGAGACAGCAGAAAGACCUCCCCAGGCAAGGAGCUACAGGGUGGGAGCGAGUAUCUGGCCAGGUGCCUGGAUCUCCUCAUCCAGCACAUGGUACAGGAGCCGCCGCGGAUCCUAGGCGACAUUAUCAAUGCCUUGGUCAAUGUGUCCGGCCGAAAGCACCCAUCAACGGUCCAGGGGAAGCAGCUGAAGAUGUGUCUCCCCAUGAUGCCCGUGGUGCUCCAUCUGGUCAUGUCUCAGGUUUUCCGGCCUCAGGUGGUGACGGAAGAAUUCCUCUUCAGCUAUGGGACGAUUCUUAGUCACAUUAAGUCAGUUGACUCGGGAGAAACGAACAUAGAUGGAGCCAUAGGGAUGGUGGCUUCAGAGGAGUUUAUCAAGAUCACCUUGUCUGCCUUCGAAGCAGUGAUACAGUACCCCGCUCUGCUGGCCGACUACCGCUCUACGGUCAUCGAUUACAUCCUGCCACCCUUGGUCUCCUUGGUUCAAAGCCAGAAUGUGGAGUGGAGACUCUUCAGCUUGCGGCUGCUCUCUGAGACCACGGCCCUACUGGUGCACCAGGAGCCGGAGGAUGGCGAGGACGAGGCCGGCUGUGAUCCCGACAGCAAUCUUCUGGCGCUCUUCAGAGACGAGCUGCUCCCCCAGUAUGAGCACAUCCUCAUGGAGCCUGACCCAGUUCCCGCCUAUGCUCUGAAGCUGCUCGUUGCCAUGACGGAACACAACACAGCUUUCACCAGGCUUGUGGAGGAAAGCAAACUGGUCCCGCUCAUUUUUGAAGUGAUUCUGGAGCAUCAGGAGAGCAUUCUGGGUAAUACCAUGCAGAGUGUGAUUGCGUUGCUCAACAAUCUGGUUGCAUACAAAGGCUUAAACAUGCAGCUGCUUUAUAAACAGGGACUCGUUGGUCACGUCUGUAACAUGUUCACAGUAACUGCCACACUGUGCUUAGACGGGAACAAUAAAAAUGACACAGAGCCGGCAGCCACACUGCUGGCCUCGCUGCUCGACAUCCUGCUGGGAAUGCUGACGCACACAUCUAGAGUUGUCCGGCAGGCUCUGCAGGCCCAGAAGUCAGGCUCCAGAGGGGACACACAGGCUGCAGAGGACCUGCUGCUGCUCAGCAAACCACUCACAGACCUCAUCAGCCUGCUUAUCCCAUUGCUUCCCAGCGAGGACCCUGAGAUCUCCGAGGUGUCAUCCAGGUGCCUGUCCAUCCUAGUGCAGCUGUAUGGAGGAGAGAACCCCGACGGCCUGUCCCCAGAAAACCUGGAGACCUUUGCCAACCUCCUGGGGACCAAGGAGGACCCGAAGGACCAGAAGCUUCUGCUGAGGAUCCUCAGGAGGAUGGUCACCUCCAAUGAGAAGCACCUGGAGAGCAUCAGGAACACUGGCAACCUUCUGCAGGCCCUGAGGCGCCUGGCUCCAGCUCACAGCUCGCCUGUUGACACUACUGUGGCUUCCUUGGCCCUAGAACUCCUCCAGGCUGUUGGGCACUAGACAAGGCUGCCCAAGGGCUCAUGGUCAGCUGCACCGUGAGGUCAGAUCCCACACAUUUCUCCUUCCCACCAGCCUCAAGUGGAGCUAAU